CACGAAUUUUACACUCUACAUGCAUUUUCGAAAACUGGUGGUGAUCGUUUACCGAGAGUUCGUAGCACACUUAUUGAAUAUCUCACCUCAUUGUGGUGACGAGCGAAGAGAUAUUGGUAUACUCGGCGUCAUUGAGACUUAAAAGAAAUAGGCAAGCAGACACAGUGAAAUGCAUUUUUCAGGCGUUAUUUCAGACGAAUCCAGUGUACCAAGAGGUAGCGACUUACGUCGCAACGUGCAUCCGAAACUGUGAACCAUUGAUCGGGGUUUUAAAUAUUUCAACGCAUAGGAUAAACAAUAAAUUGCCAAAUUUUACGGAGAAUGAUUUCCAAUCAUAUGUAUAACAUUAACAGAUACUUCCAGCUAUGACCCUUUCACGCCCUCACAACAGACGUUAGCUGAUAUUUACUCUAUUUUCGAAGUAUAUCACAACCCCAUAAACCUUAUGUCCAAAAUAAUGACCCCUAAACGUCGACGCGAAAAUGAUGUUGUGGAAUCGCAGCCGUCAAAGUACAUUCCACAUCAGCCCACAGCAGAAGAUUUCCAUUUACAGCCAUGUUGUUCUUAUUCGGCUGCCUGUGGAGUACCGUCGUCAAUAGAUUUGCCUGAACCUGCAGUGGACCACAAAAAUGUACCAUCCUGUUCGAACUACUCUCAUGGCAUAAUGGAAAAUUGGCAGCCAACAGUUGGAAUUCCAUUUCUAGCAACAUCAAGAGGAGAACCUUACCUAGCUGGUCUAGUAACCAGUGUUGAAGGGGAAGUGGUGACAGUACAAUUUCCAGGGAAAGGAUCAUACAUAUACGAAAAAACAAAUAUUAUACCUUUUCGAUCACAAUUCGAAAAUGGGAUAUUCAAAUCAAUAAAAUUAGUACCAAAACUACAAAGACAUAUAUAAGGAAAAAAAUUUUAAUGUAUGAAAAUGCAAUUAUCCAAUAAAAAUGUGUAACCAAUUAGGUAUACAUCGUAUC